AUGGAAUUUAAUUUCACAGGAUCUUCCAAACCCCGAAGAACAAUAAAUCUAAGCGGUGAGGUGCAGAAGCCCGUAUCAGCUUUAGCUGCAGAUGCGCGUUCUCAGCGAGAAGAUCGGCGGCGCCAAAAGCUUCGCGCAAGUGCCGCCACACGUAUUCAAGCCGCAUACCGAGCUUAUGCUACUUCCAAAGCAAUGAGGAAUACUUUUGCAGCUGAAUUUGACAGAUUGUGGCAAAAUUCACAACGGACUCCAUCAGACUGGGUUCAAUUGACCCGCUGUUUGGUGAUGGCACACAGUAGGCAGCCUUCUAAACUACAUGCGCAUCGAAUGGCCGCAUGGGCCAACGAUGUGUGUGGGGCAUCAUUAUGGACCAAGCCAGAAUUGCAUGCAUGUAAUGUGCUUUUCUUUAUGGUCGCAAGACGAAUGAUAUUCGCGCUGCAGUAUACACCUGAUUUGGAUGUGUCAGAUGCACGAGCCAUGAUUCUAUUCCUGCUUUGGCUACAAAGUGACUCAUAUACCACGGAAGAACAGCGUCGUGCUGCUCUAUAUAUGCUACGCUUUGGACUGCAUAGCGCCAUUCGACAAUGCAUCCUAACAUUCCCGAAGGAAGCGACAGAAGAGUGCGUGGCAUUGUCACUACGCCCUUUGGUACUUUUUCCUGAACCCACGACUGAAUUCGCAGAAACAUUGGAUGAAAGUGCGUCGGCAUCACCACGAUCGAUCUUCAUUAGGUCAUUUGUGAGUGAUAUCUUAACUCUUCCACACUUGUUUUAUCGUGUACCUAUCUCAUCAGUGAGUUUAUUUGCAUCUUCUUUUCCUUUACUGGAUAUUAUGAUCCAUGUUCAAGCACUUGGUGCUUAUUAUGAUGUCGUCUCCGGUGACAGUGUUUUGGCGCAUAAUCCGAUUCAUUCACCGUUCCUACUAGGCAACAUCCUUACGAUCGCAAGCAGAAGAAUCAACACCAUGCAGUCAGGAACCGAUGUAUGUCAUUACUUACACAUGCUUGCCACACUUCAAAAUGCUCUUCCCACGACUACUUUCGAUGAUCACGAUUCAACCGUCGACCCUAAAACGAAGAAACAGAUUGAUAAUCUGAUAUCAGAUCAGCACAUUCGCUCUGUUCUCGCAACGAGCACGCGCUUUGCUCACAGCACCCGGCCUGCAUUAUGUACAUUUCUCAUCGCUACAUUAUGCGCAUGGCCAGUAUCUGUUCGGGAUACUUUGCUGAUAUCGCUGCUGUAUGCAUAUGACAAGGAAGGAAGCACUCGUUCCAUGCAGAUUGGCUCAUUAGUCCGUGAAUUAUGGCGAGGAUGGAUUCGAUCCAGUUUUUUGACUCGAAAGAUGGCUGUAAAAGAACAGAGUUCGAGUACAAAUGUGGUGGCUAUGCGUGAUGCAUUGACAAAUACCGCGUAUGCGCAAGACUGGACCUUGUUUCUUACUAUGUGCAUUGUGUAUGGGCGCUGCCUGGUAAUUCUUGGUGACGAUGAAUUUUAUCCACGCGAGAGUAUGGACGCGAGUAUGCCAACGAGAAACCCACUGACUAUGGAUGAGCUGGUAGUGCUAAGUGGUUUACUGCGGAAUUUGGUGUUUUUCAUGCAUUGGGAUAAUGUGGGCAUGACAGGCGAUUCAGAGUAUAUCACAGGAACCCGAAUGCGUGUGGAUCAAGUACGUGAGCUUUGUACGCGCCUUUUACAACAACUUCAUACGCGUGAUUCCCGGCACCGCUUUGUUCCCGAAUCGCAUUGGCACAUGUUAAAUGAAAACGAUUUGACUUCGUUUAUUCAAGCAGUGGUAUUGGAAGAGCGUGAGCUUGCUGUAUCGCAGGAUCAAGAUCGGGAGAAUCAUCGUGCUCCUUUGUCUGCUUUUUCACAACGUAAGCGUGAUUUCAUGACACCGCGUCUCAAGGUCUUGAACAACAUACCAUUUGUGAUUCCAUUCGAUGUUCGAGUCGAAAUUUUCCGUCAGUUUGUCCGCAAUGACAUUCAAAGGCUAGGUAUUUCGCGUGAUAUGUUCGCUCCAACCCGUCGGCACCGUGCUACUAUACGACGUGGGCACGUGGCUGAAGAUGGUAUCGCCCAGCUAAACGGGCUAGGUUCGAACUUGAAAGAGCCUUUAGAAAUCAUGUUUGUGGAUCAAUGGGGUAUGCCAGAAGCCGGUAUUGAUGGCAGCGGCUUAUUUAAAGAAUUUCUGGUUUCUAUGAUUCAAGAAGUCUUCGACACAGACCGUGGCUUGUGGUGUUCGAAUGAAAUACAUGAGCUUUAUCCAAACCCGCAUUCUUACGCACAUGCAAGCGAACAACUCAUAUGGUAUCUUUUUAUGGGUCGCAUACUAGGAAAAGCGCUAUAUGAGGGCAUACUAGUAGACGUCAAGUUUGCUGACUUUUUCCUGAGCAAGUGGUUGGGUCAGCAAAGUUACAUUGACGACCUAGCAAGUCUGGAGAGCCUCGAUAGCGAGCUUUAUCGCGGACUUAUCGCACUCAAAAACUAUUCGGGCAAUGUAGAAAGUGACUUUGCCUUGAAUUUCACUGUGGCUGACGAUGAGUUUGGCAUUCGAACUAGCAGAGAACUUGUCCCAGGGGGAACGGAUAUCCCGGUUACGCGCGAAAAUCGUCUUUCUUAUAUUUACUUGAUUACACGGUACCGUUUGAGUACACAAAUUGAAGACCAAUCUCGCGCAUUUCUUCAAGGUUUGACUGAGCUGAUCAAUCCACGUUGGCUCCGCCUCUUCAACACAGAAGAAUUGCGUGUUUUGGUCACAGGAGCUGAUACGCCGAUUGAUGUCGAAGAUUUACGUCGUAACACGGUAUAUGGGGGCUACCAUGAAAAAGACAUGGCUGUACAGUACUUCUGGGAAGCACUCUCAUCGUUGGAUCAAGCAUCGCUUAAAGCUUUUCUUCGUUUCGUGACGUCUUCGCCCAAUCCCCCACUCCUGGGCUUUAGUGAGCUAAACCCUAAAUUUGCUAUUCGACAUGCAGGUGAUGAUAUCACUCGAUUACCUACAGCCAGCACAUGUGUCAACCUUUUAAAGUUACCUGCCUACAAUUCUACUGCACAGUGCCUUGAAAAAGUAAAGUAUGCCAUAUACUCAGGUGCCGGAUUCGACUUGUCAUAG